CAGUGGUGUGAAAAUGACAUCAACAUGAAAUAAAUUAAGAAAUCAGUUACAAGGAGCUGGCCAGGAGGUUAUAGAGUGGUGUAAAUGAAUAAUAGCUACCAUUGUUGAACUGUGCUGCAUGAGCAGUGGGCUGGAUCAUAUGAUAUAUGUAGAUCUAUUUGUUACCGUAGCUCUAGCGCUCGUAAAAAUGGACAGAAAUGUAGUUCAAACAAAUCAGUACAAAUUUAAAUGGAGAGCUCGACACACAACUGCUGUAGUAGGAGAGGUCCUGUACUGCUGGGGAGGGGAUAAGGAAGGCUUAGAUGAGUCCCAUGAUUCUUCUACAAAAAGACAGUGUACUUCUGCUAUUGAUGCGUUUAACUUAUUAUCUGGUGUUUGGUCCUCUCAACCUACUAGUGGUACUCCUCCAUUGGGAAUCAGAGGAGUCUCCUGUGCUGCCUUUAAUAAUAAUAUUUAUUAUUUUGGUGGCUAUUGUGGCCAUGACAGUUGCUUCCAUAACAGUUUGAACUGUUUAGACACUUUAACUCUUCAAUGGAAUAAAUUACAACCAACUGAUGACAAUUUUGUAAAUAAGAGAGCCUAUGGUGGUAUGAUAGCGAUGGGAAGCGAAGGUGAACCUCAACAAUUACUGGUUAUCGGUGGAAUAGCUCCUAUAUCAACUACUACACACUAUCAUUCUCAGUUUAAAUACAAGAAGAUACCUGACAUGGAUGAACGUGUUAGAAUUAAUGAACAGAAUAUGUACAACCUGUCCAGUGGACAAUGGAUUGUUCCAUCUGUCAGUGGACAGUGUUGUCCACCAACUGAUGGUUUUAUAAUUGAAAGAAUCAGUCAUAAUAAAGGAAUUAUGUAUGGAGGAGGAGUGUCUCAUGGUGGUAUCAGCAUACCUACUAACAGUAUCUACUUGUUUCAAUUAUCACAUUGUAAUGAUAGUAUAAUUAUAAACUGGGAGAUACUGAAGCCAGGAGCAAUACCUGUUGAUGGAGUAUGGCCUAAGGAGAGGUGUGCUCAUGCUAGUGCUAUUAUCAAUGGUGUGUCUACCUCACCUACACUAGUAGUGAUUGGCGGAAUGGAUCAUAGGAAUCAACUAGUGAAUGAUUGUUUGUUAUUAGACACAAACCGGUACAAUUGGAUGAAGAUUCCUCUACCUGAUUCUGUUACUGGUAGAUACUAUCACACUGUAUCAUCUUUUGUUCUUGAUCCUAAUCAUGUGUUCCUGAUAAUAGUGGGAGGUGAUGUAGAGAGUAUGGACUGGAUUAAUAGACGUGUUCCUGAUCCUCUUAUUACAAUGCUAAUAGAACUAGUUUUUAAUGAUGGUCAAUGGUCAGUGGGUCCAGUUUUAGAUUCAUUUAAUAUUCCUUUAUUGUAUGAGCUAAUACUAAAAGAAAGAAGAAAAGAAUCAUACAUGACAAAUAAAGUGAAGGAGCUUCAAGUUAUCAAUGAGUCUUUACGUCAUGAUCUACAAGUGGCUAGAACUAACAACCAAUCACUUCAGGAAGCACUACUAGCACUGGAAUCAGAGAAGUGGAUGCUUGAAACACAACUACUAGAAACUAAGACUCUUCUUACUAAACAAAAGAGAGACCAAGAGGACUCACCACACUCAGAUAAUGCUAAGAAGCUUAAAACUGAUGAAUCAGUGGAGGAGAAACAAAUAAUAACUGAUGAAGAUAAUGAGAAACUUAGAGCUACAGUUGCUUAUAAUGAAGUAUAUAUAACUGAAAUAGAAGAAGAGAAGAAACAAUUAGAGGAACAAUAUCUAAAUCUUAAAACUAAAGUUGCUGAUAAUGAAUUGUAUACUGCCAAACUAAUGAAGGAGAAAGAGCAACUACAGGAGAGAGUCACAUCCUUAGAGGAACGAUUCAUCAAAGAGACUAGUACCAAAGAAGUGCAAUUUGAUUACAUGAUCCCUUCAAUGGAUAAUUUGGAAUGUCUGAGUGAUGUCCAGGUAGCAGGGAUACAGCACUGCGUUGAUUUAACAGGACGACCAGAUCUUGCACAAUACUUAAAGUUUGCUAUAGCUCCAGUUGACACACCCAGUCUUCCUUACCAGUUCUCAAUAGUUCAGGAAGGAGAGUUUAGCUCUAAUAGUGGGUAUGGAUCCAUUCAACAAUCUACUACUAAAGAGACUAACCUCCCAACCAAUACAGUGUCUGUUGCUGGUACUACUACUACACCAAACACUGAUCAUGUUAACAGUAUAAAGAAGGCUGUGACAUAUGCUGGUCUGGUUUAUUAUGAAGAAGAUGGUGUAGAGGAUUUGGUGACAUUCACUGCAGCUAAGAAUUUGGAAGCACUCAUUCAUUUUAUUGAGCAGAAACACUCUCAAGCUAGGACUGGACCAGAUAUUUCAUUUUGUUUCAAAUUUCCUUAUAAUUAUAUUGAAUUAAACUUGACUGCACAACAGGAUGAACAAUUCACUGGAUGGAUACUUAGACCUCACACUAAACCUACAAGAUUAUAUCAAGAGGCCAUUGAUAAAUUUGGUGAUAAAGAGCAUUCUCAUCCUUCAUGUUGUCUCAUAUCAGUUUAUGGAUCACCUGAUGCUGUCCCUUUUCUUAAUUACUUCAUACCACUGGAAGGUGUGGCUCAUCCAGUUUCAUUAAACAUUCAUAGAGCACGAAGAAAUUUCACUGCUCCAGUUCCUCCUUUAGCAAGUAAUAGAUAA